UAUAAUACUGUGUUCAUUCCAGUAUUUCUGCACAUGUAAUAUUUUUUGAACAUGCAGUAUUUACACUGGUCAGUAAAAAAUUAUGUAUUUGCAUAAUCUGGAACCUGGAAGUAAUAGAAAAUUAAUAGGAAGUGCAUAGAAAAUGAGUCGUGAAAAAAGAAGUAGAAUUUGUUUUUAAUUAGCUGAGUUGGAGCUCUUCCAAAUCACAAACAGUUCAGAAUGAGGUACUUCAAAGAUUUAUCGCCUUUGCUAUCUAAUGAUCAAAAAAAUGACAUAUAGCGUUUUCUAAUAUGGUUAUACAAGGGACAUGUUUAUAGAAUUUAUGUUGGCAGAUAUUAAUCAAUAUCUGUAUUGAUUACCGGUUGUCUUGUGAGUGUUGUUUGCUGAGUCCUUGUGUUUUUGUGUCUCCUGGUUGCCAUGAUUUUGUGUCUCCUGGAUUUUCAGUUGCCAUGUCUUCUCUAGUGUUUCUCUUUAUUGUUUGCCCUGUGUUUGUAGUUUUUUUUUUUAAUAAACCCCCUUUUUAUGUUAUCCCUGCAUUUGGGGCUAAUUCAGCUCUGUGAAGACACCCAGUUCCCUGAUAAAUAAAUAUUUUCCAUGACUGUUACACACCGAGGUUCUGAUUGUAAGACACUGAUUCCAUGACAGCAAACUACUAAUCUGGUGGCUUUAAAGCAAAUAACUACACCAAUAAACAAACAAACAAACAAACAAACAAACAAACAAACAAACAAAUAAACAAACAUUGCACGCAAUUCUUGAUUUUUUCCCCAUGAUUCUUGACCCCUGUGUCUUACUAUCAAGUUAGAGUGUCAAGGCAUGUCAGUGCAAUGUUCAACCACUGUGCUUAUAAAGCUCUGUACAUUAACUUACUUUCAUGUUUUAAAAAACAUGUUUUGUACACCUAUGUAUGUAUGCAAGCAAUUGAUAAAACACAACCCCAAAAGAAAAAAAAAUAUAUAGUGAACAAAAAGGUCCAUUUAACAAAGCAAACCGUAUAUAUAUAUAUGCAAGAAUUUUAGAUGGGGUUCAUGCAGAUCUGGAUCUCUUUUCUGCAACAAAAUUGUGUGGAAAAGAGGAAAUGACAUUGGAGAUCAGCAGAAAGACAUUGGAUCAAAAAGUAGAAGUGUGGACCAGUUCAACUUUCAUCAGUGAGAUAAACAGAGCAAAUUUCAACGGAAUUUAAGGACUAGAAGUGAAGUGAAAUAUCAUUCCAGGAUGAAGAUAUUCCUCGUCAUCAUCCUCUACCUGAUCUCAGGUCCAGUAGACUGCUCUGAUGUGAUUGGUUACUCAGGUGGAAGUGUCAUUGUGGUCUCUUAUAUGAACUGGUACGAAGACAAUAGUAAAUAUAUCUGCAAAGUGAAUGAAAAAGACUGCACUGAUAUAAUACGUGUUGACACCAAACAAAACAAAGUUCAAGUAGGAAGAUUCAAGUUGUAUGCAAACCCAGCCAACCUCUUCUUAGUAUUGAUCAGAAAGCUGAAGCCACAAGAUGCUGGAAUGUAUAGAUUUGGACUGGGGGAUAAGAGCAACUUGACCAUGAACCUAAAAGUUUAUAAUAAUACAUUUUCUGGGUUGCCAAAAAUAAUAAACGCUUAUCUUGGGCAGAAUAUUACCAUCACCUGUAAUUAUACAGAGGAGUAUGAGAGCAACACCAAAUAUGCCAUCAGUGUGGAUGCUGACACAGAAUUUGUAGCAGUUCUUGAUACACACACAUACUUUCCUAAUGACAGAUUCUCCAUUUCUGAUGACAGAAGUGCUAAAGUUCUUAAAGUAAACAUUAGUGACAUGAGAGAAACUGAUGAAUUAUUUUAUUUAUUUGGUGUGGAGAAUCAAGACGGAUCAGUCAGAUAUUACACCUUCUUUACAGAGGUGUGGCUACAUGUUACAGGCACCUACCCGACGACCUCACCAGCACUGAUAGAAACUCCAUCUGCAGUGUUUUUCAUGAACCAGGUGACAUACGUAAUCAUCAUCAGUGUGUGUGUCUGUGUGACUCUGGUGCUGAUUGGAGGAUUUGGACUAAUGAAGAUCUACAAACUGAGACAGAAGACAGCACAAGAUAAUACGUCUUCAUUUAAGAGUCAAGAUAAUAAAGAAGUUACUCCUGAUAACAUUGAUUCAUCUGCUGUGUAUGAUCAGGUUACUCCAGAUAACAUUGAUUCAGCUGCUGCGUAUGAUCACGUUACUCCUGAUAACAUUGACUCAGCUGCUAUGUAUGAUAAGGUUAUUCCUGAUUAUAACAUUGAUUCAUCAGCUGUGUAUGAUAAGGUUAUUCCAUGUUAUAACAUUGAUUCAGCUACUGUGUAUGAAAACAUGAAAACAAGCUCAAUUUAAACUGCACCAGAGAAAGAAUCAGUCAGAACUUCCUGCUCGAGCUGCUGAACUCUGCUUUCUUUGCUUUCUUUUUCUGUGCUUAAUGUUCUGAGCUGCAUCACAAUUCAGUACUAGUUCAAUCGCAAAUGCAUUUUCUGAAAGACUGCUAGCCGUGUGCGUGUGUCUGUGUGUGUCUUUCUGUGUGUGUCUUUCUGUCUGUGUUUGUCAGGGAGAUGUCAAUCAUUAUUUAGCUUUCACCUAUCCGCUGAAGAUGAACUUCAGCCAGCAGAUAUAAAACGCCUAGAAAAGGAGCGAAAAUGACUUCCGCUUUUCCUUUGAUGUUGUUGCCGUGUUACUUGUUUAUGGUGGAUCUGUUAUACUGUUACCUUAAUAUUGGAGUCGUGUUUCCUCUCUGAGUCUUAGGAGCUUUUACUCUUUUCGUUUAUUUUGUAAUACCAGAGGAAGUGGGACAGGUAAGAUGUCGCACGACUUCCAUUGUGCCACACUUAGGGAACUGGAUGUUUAAAUACAUUAGGUAAGAGGUGUACGCCACCCCCUGUAUGUUUUGUUUAUUUAAUUGCUUAGAGUAGGGAAGUAUACGGUGCUCGGCGCUGAAGACUUUUUUUUUUUCUUGUUUAUUUUCCUUAGUUAGGUUAGAGGUUUAAAACAGUUAGU